AGCUGCAGGAGUAGCGCGCACUAAAAGUGAAACCAGCAGAGAAAAGGAGCUUUCAGGAGGAAACACUGAUUCAACAAGUGCUCUGCAAGAAGGACAAAGAAGGUGAAGAAGAAGAAGAAGAAGAAGAAGUGAUGGAGCACUCCAAACAGACUCAGUACACCCCGAAAGAGAUCAGAGACAGCGGGGACAGCAGCUCCGUGCCGAACGGACACUUUGACGGGCUGGUGAAGCGGCCGGCCGGCAGCACCGUGCGCACCCCGACCCCCCAACCUCCGGGCGCAGAGUGCGGGUCACUCCGGCAGGGCAACCCGGGGGUGGGGAGCUGGAAGGAUGAGCGCACCAGGAGCGUGGAGGACAACGAGAUGUGCCUGCCCUCCCUGGCCGCUGCUUACACCACCAUCCUGCGGGGUCUUGGAGAGGACCCUCAGCGGCAGGGGCUCCUCAAGACCCCCUGGAGAGCCGCCACCGCCAUGCAGUUCUUCACCAAGGGUUACCAGGAGAAAAUCAUUGACGUGCUGAACGACGCCAUCUUUGACGAGGACCACGACGAGAUGGUGAUCGUCAAAGACAUCGACAUGUUCUCCAUGUGUGAGCAUCACCUGGUGCCCAUCUUCGGCAGGGUUCACAUCGGUUACCUCCCAAACAAGAGAGUUCUGGGCCUCAGCAAACUGGCAAGGAUCGUUGAGAUCUACAGCCGUCGACUACAAGUUCAGGAGAGGUUGACCAAACAGAUCGCCGUGGCGAUCACUGAGGCCCUGCAGCCCACCGGGGUCGGAGUCGUCAUCGAGGCAACUCACAUGUGCAUGGUGAUGCGAGGCGUUCAGAAGAUGAACAGUAAAACCGUCACCAGCACCAUGUUGGGCGUUUUCAGGGAAGACCCAAAAACCCGUGACGAGUUUCUGACGCUGAUCCGGAGCUGAGGAAGACUCAGCCCCUCCUCUUCCUCCUCCUGUUGCCUGAUGUUACCUCCACCUGCACGGGCCAGUGUGUGUGAGUGUGUGUAUGAGUGUGUGUGUGUUCAGAGCGGGAGUGUUCAAUCAUUUUAACUGUUGUUAUCUCAGUGACGUCUGAGUGAGUUCAUCGCAGGACGUUGGCUGAUGUUUAUUUUUCAGAUGUUGGGACUUUACCCCAGAGAGUCCAGAUGUGUUGUGAGUGAUUAUUAAUCAAAUUUCAAUCUUUGGCCUUCAACUACAUGAGAAGAGUUUAACUGAGAGGAUCCACACAGGAAAAACAGAUCUUUAGUUUUAGUGUGUAGAGGGUGAUAUUACAUUUCUGCACCAGGUGAGCUGUUUGAGGUGUUUCAAAUAUAUCUGUUAAGAGGACUUAAAGUGUCUCAUGAUAAACUUUAAAGGAGGGGACUGAAGGACUCCCUUUCAGCAUUUAAUUAGUAAAAGUAUCUCUCAAAAUCUGAGCGAUGUAAAUCAGUAUAUCAUCUACGUUUUGAUGAAUUACAACAGAACUUCUCUUCUUUAAAGUCUGUUUAUCUCAUGACCUACUCUGAAUAACUCCUGAGAGGAUUUAACAUUUAAACUUUACAUCACUGUGACUUUGAUUCAUGAUAUAAACACCACAGCUCAUUAACAGCAGCUUACAUAAUCACAAACUGCAACAAACAAACUAAUGAAUGAAGCUGAUUUUGUAGCUAUUAGUUCAGUAAGGUUAUUAAUCUCAACAUGUGGAAUUACAGAAUCCGAUGAAGGGAUAAAGAUUUGUUUGGUUGACUGGAGAAAUAUUCAUUGUGUAUCAGAAGCUGUUUGUUGAUUGUUUAAGGUUUUUUUUUUACUUGUGUGGUAUCAGAGCACAACAAUCAAGGACUCACCUUUUCUGGAGCUGAUGGUGUCCACAUGGAAAACUGUCAACAUGUCAGCAUUCCUGUAGCGGCCAUAGUCUAUAACAAAAAAUGAACAGUGUCAGUGUUGUCAUCCAUCGGUUUCUGAAGCAGAGUUAUGAAGUCAAAUGAUGGUGGUUUCAUUUUUAAACACUGCUGCUUGGUAAAAAGUCUCAGCUUAAACUCAGUGAGAAACUUGUAGCAGCAUUCAGGAUUAAUAGAGGUCAAAUUAGAUUUCUGAACCACAACUUUUACAGAGAGAGAUGAUUUUAAUUUGCAAUUGAGACAAUACGUCAAAAGCUGGAAUGAUUAGCUUGUUUUCUCUGAAUAUCUGAACGUUUCAGACAGAUAAUAAGAACAAGAAUAAUUUUAUUUGUAGAGCACUUUUCAGUUUUCCUUAUUUUUAUUUUUUAUGACUAAUCAAACCGUACAACAAAAAUAAGUGAAAAGUGAAGAAAUGAAGAACAAGGUGCAGCUUUUGAUUCAACCUCAAAGUUUAAAAAAUAAAGAUGAACAGCACUUAAGCGCACGAUCACACCUCAGAAACCUUUACUGUCUCUACAUUCAUGAAGAUAUUUGUGGAUUUAAACGAAGCAAAACCAACUCUCUAAAUAUCAAACAUUUCACAGCUGUGCAACAAAAUCCGAUCACACCAGUUUUCUAACUUGUCAUCUUUAAUCCUAAAGUCUUGUCACUCUUAUUUUUGUUAGAGUAUAACUUCUUCUUGUUUGGUCCCGUGUCAGGAUCCACCUGUGUGCCAACUCACCUUCAAUUUAAAGUCCCCCAAAAACCUGACUGCAUGAGAGACACAUGAACUGUGUGUGUGUGUGUGUGUGUUUGUGUUCAGUAUUCAUCCCAGCAGAUAAGUAUGGAGAGAUAAGUGUGUGUGUGUGUGUGUGUGUGUGUGUGUGUGUGUGUGUGUGUGUGUGUGUGUGUGUGUGUGUGUGCUGUUUAGUGUCUUUGUAUUUCCUCAUGUAGCUUAUUUUUGAAUUUUAAAGCGUCAUAAUGUCCCCAGACUGAUUUGAAGAAGUUUAUAAUCGUCUAAAUUGGUUACUGGAGUCAUGUAUGGGGGUGAGUGUGUGUGUGUGAGUGUGUGUGUGUGUGUGUGUGUGUGUGUGUGUGUGUGUGUGUGUGUGUGUCCGUAUGUGUGUGUGUGUGAUGGAGGGAAGACGAGCACUAACUGCUCUGCUGUUGUCUUUUGUGGCCUUGUUGAGAAGGACGGCCUGUUCUUUGGCCCUUCAAUCAUUGUAACUUUAUGUACUGUGUUCAUUUCAGAAACUUUUUAAUCAAAUGAAAUAAAUCUUUAUGUGACAGUG